GCGACGGCGGAGGCAGUGUCUGAAGAGGUGCAGGUCGGGGGCUCAAGCUGGGUUUCGGCGGAGGUGCAGACAGAGCGUCGGGAUGCAGCAUUGGUCGACGCGGCCGUGCAGACCGAGGAGGCCACGGGGCAGCUGCAGGGUGGCGAGCUGCACAGCUUCGCCCCACGAAGCGCUGCGCCCAAGGAGGCAGCAAAUCGGACAACCCACGGCUACACGGAAGCCCUCCUUGAGGAACUCGGGCUCCCUUCCGACAGCGGCUCGGAGAGUGGUGCCGGCUCAGAGCUGGGAGAGGCCCUCGACGACAGAGACGGAGGAGUGGAUGCUUCGCCGCAGCCGACGAAGCCGACGCAGAGCAACGUCGUAGAGGAACUCGAAGGUUGCUUGGAGGACGCCGCCACUUCUGUCUCUGAG